AUGCGACCAACGGCCGUGCUUGUUUUAGCUGCAGCUGCAGCCGUUAGCUACGCACAAGAGGAUGAAACUCUCCUCGAAAAACGAGCAGGUGCACGUUUCUUCGUGACAGAAGAGAAACGUGGAGGAGCUCGAGCCAUGAAUGGAAACUACAUUGCUGGUAUGCUCGAAGAUAAGCGUGGAGGGGCCAGAGCAUUCACCGGAGGACUCAAACGCUUCGUUGCUCCCAAUAUCUGGGACGAUGAGGAAGAGAAAAGAGGUGGUGCUCGUGCUUUCCAGGCAGAAGACAAGCGAGGUGGAGGUAGAUCAUUUUACGAGCAGAAGAGAGGUGGAGCCAGAUACUUCCACGAAAAGAAGGGUGGUGGACGUGCAUUCAUUGAAACUCGCGGAGGUGCUCGUGCAGCCAUGAGAACUGAUAAGCGAGGUGGAGCUCGCAUGUUCAUGAACGACAAACGUGAUUAUGACCCUGAAUCUCUCUGGGACUUCGACCCACGAUCAUACGAGAUGCUCAAACGUGCAGGCGGAAGAGCCUUCCGUGUUGAUACCGGUGAAGAGAACGAGGUGCCAACUAAGAGAGGAGGUGGCCGAAGUUUUCCAGUACACAAUUCUAAAGAGACAUAG